GAUUCGGUAGCAAUGGCCACUGGCGACAAAUACACGAUUAUACGCACCAAACGCAAAGAGCUGAUAGGAAUCAUUCAGAGAGACCCCGAGAGCGUCUUGGAUGAGUUACUAGUCCAGUCCGUCAUCACAGAGGAGGAGUACGACAGCGUGAACCAGCUACAAGACAAAGUGGCCAGAAUUAGGAAAUUGCUGAUUUACAUACAGAAAAGGGGGGAGUCGACCUGCCGAGACUUUCUGGAGUGUUUAGAAAUCUUAUUCCCAGGCACAAAUCGGCUUUUGCAACCUUCAGAAUAUGACUUUUUCAACCCAGAGCGAGAUUCACGCACUGUGCGAGACCCAGAACCAAGGGAGAGAGAUUUUUUCAAUCCAGAGCACCAUACAGAGCUGAAGGAUGAAGAUGGUUUCAAUCCAGAGCAGGAAUCGGAAACUCAGCGAGACCCAGAGCCAGAGGAGAAAGAUGGUUUCAAUCCAGAGCCCGAUCCACAGCUGGAGGAGGAAGACAGUUCAAAUCCAGAGAAGGAAUCAGACAUUGAGCCAGACCCGGAGACGGGUGGUUCCGAUUUGGAGCAGGAAUCGGAGACUCGGCGAGAUCAAGAGCCCGAGGAGGAAGAUGGCUCAAAUCCAGAGCCAGAAUUAGAGACGGAACCAGACCCUGAGCCAGAAGGUUCAAAUUCAGAGCAGGAAUCAGAUACUCAGUGA